UUGCGCUCAAUUUCUCACUUCCUUUGUUUUAGUCUCUCUGUUACUGCUUUCUAGGGUUUCUUUGGAUCGAGGAAAAAAAAUGGUAACUAUGGCUGCAUCGGCACUAUUCAAUGGAAAUUUCACCCUCUCUUCAUCUUCGGCGUCAUCUUAUUCUCUCGAUAACAAUACAUUCAAAUCUCGUAACUACAGCUUUUUCAUCAACCCAUCAAAUGUUUCAGCUCCCCUUACACUUUCCAGGAGAAGAAAUACUAUUUCCUCUUGUAUGGAGACUCCCGUGGAUGCUUCUAUUGAUUUAAAGCUUCCUAGGAGAAGCUUGAGUCUACAAUUUACUUGCAAUCAAUGUGGUGAAAAAACAAAAAGGCUUGUUAAUCGAUUAGCUUAUGAACGAGGAACUGUUUUUGUUCAGUGUGGAGGGUGCCUCAAACAUCAUAAGUUAGUUGAUAAUCUGGGACUCAUCGUUGAGUAUGACUUCCGAAAGGAUGAUGAAAUGGACUUGAUUUCUGAUCAAGAGAUGUAAUUUUUUUUCAUUCUCAAGGUAUUCUUCUUUUGAGUUUAAAAUGUUCACAAAUGUAUGGUUCCUACUAAGAAAAAUUUGUUGUCAGUAUUCUUAAGUGCUUAA